ACAAAUAGCCCCACCCCUCCACACAGGCGUUGCUAAGCAAUAGUUUCCCAUAGCAACUGAAGAGACAACAGCAGGCAAAUCCCUAGCAGCAGCAGCAGCAGCAGCAGCAGCAUCUUCUCUGAGCCGAAACCAAGCGCAGCAGGGGGCACCAUCAGGCCAAGGAUGACAGCGCUGUGUGCCCAAGAGAGCAUAUAUAAUCUCCUACCCCGGGUGGAGGAGAAGCCUAUCAAACUACCAAGAUAUAUAUCAACAUUUAGACCAUCUGUGAAACAUGAAAUAAAAGAAAAUAGAGCUCCAUGGAAAACUAUGGGACCACCAAAAAUUGAAGUACCAUCUCCAAAAAACUUUCUUCAGAAACAUUCAAAGGAACCGAAGCUCCCACACAGAAAAAGAGAUGAAGGAAGAAAGAAGUUACUAACAAUACCAUCAGUGCCACAUGUGACAGAUCACCCACUUAUGGGAAUUCGGAGUAAAAAGAAUUUCAUAAAUACAAAUGCAGCAGAUGUUAUCAUGGGAGUGGCUAAGAAGCCUCAACCUAUUUGUGUUGACACAAGACAAGGAAACAAAUAUCUCCUUGAAACUUCAGGACUUGUCCCAAAAUACAUUAAUAAAAAGGAUUAUGGUCUUACUCCCAAAUAUGUAAUUAAACGAAGCGAGGAAGUAAAGAGAGCCCAAGAAGAGUAUGAUGCGUAUGUCAAGGAGACUCUGAGGCAAAAAGCCAUGAAACGGCUCUCUGAUGAAGAAAGGGAAAGUCUUCUACAGGGUCUGAAAAAGAAUUGGGAAGAGGUACAUCAUGAGUUCCAGGGCCUUUCGGUAGACAUAGACACCUUACCAAAGAAGAUCCGUAAAGAAAGGCUGGAAGCACAGAUGAAACAACUGGAGCAUGACAUUAGUAUAAUUGAGAAGCACAAAAUUAUCUAUAUUGCAAAUAAGUAAGAACUGCCUUGCAAAGAAUUUUUUUUACCCUGAGAAGAAAAUGUAGAUGCCUAGAAGAAGGAAGUGAAAUAAGUCCACCUUAUUCAGAGAAAGAGAAAUAGCUAAUUUAUACAAAUAUAAUAGAAUUUUAGCAAGUUCUUACAUUUAAGGAAUUUUUCAUCUAUAUAAUUCACAUAUUUUUUCAAAUAAAAUUCUAUAUUAGUUUAAUUUUCAGUGAAGAAAUAUGAGUUUUAUUUGUUAUUAAAGUAAAUCUCUUUUAUCUAGUUUUCCUAUGAAUGUUAUAUAAAAGACUGAUAAAAGACACAGAUAAAAGACACCCUAACCUGUUGGUCUUCUUGUCGCCCAGUGGGCUAGUUUGCCUUUGUUAUAUUCACUGCUACUGUAGCCCAGUAGGCUAAAUUGCCUUUGUUAUAUUUACUGCUUUGCAUUAUAUUCUGCUUUGCAUUAUAUUCAGCAGUAAUGCAAGAAACCUACAGGCCUAUAUCCUGUAAGACAUUAGCUUCUGCAAGUUAGCAUAAGGCUUGAGGCCUAUGAACUUUGAACAGAUAAACUUUGCACAGAUAAACGGUCCAAUGGAAAACCCCAAGUAUUUGGGGAGCUGAAGAUAGAGUUCAAGGGAAAGUUCUGACCACAGGUACAUAAUUCAACCGCAGAAGUGUCCUGGUAAUGAACUGACAUAUAUAACACAUACAUGAGAUACAUCUAAGGCUAGCCUGCUUGCUUCCCUAUAUAUCUUUUCUUAUAAGUUUCUUAUUUUCUUAUAGGUUUGAUUAUUUGUUUUAUUAUAAUAGGUUUACAGGUUUAUAUUACAGUAUAUUUUGACUGUAACACAAGGGGCCUGCAGGUUACAUCUUGUAUGUUGAACUAAGGCAAAGUUAGCAUACAUAUGUUUGGGACCUUUCACCUAGAUAGAUGGUGAUGAGCUAAAGCAUAAGGUCCAUGCAUGGCUGCGACCUUUAACAUAUAGGUCAGACCAUCCACCCCCCAGUCAUGACAGUUAGAAAGCUGCUAAUGUACUCUUUAGGUCCUGAUUCUCAUUUUAUGCUAAAGUCACUAGUCUGGCAGUGAAAAGGGGCCUUAAUGUGAGUGAAAAUUAUAAUUCUACUCAUUUUAAACCCUGGUCCUGUGUUAAUUGGACACGCAAAACUGCCCUUGAAGUCUGCUGUGGGAGUUCUGAGUGUGCAAGGAAUAUAGGAUUGGAUCCAUUGACCUUGUUUUGAAGCAAGUAUGUUUAUUAAUGGAGGAUAUCAUAUACCUUGCAAGGUGCCAGCAGCUGUUCAAUGUGUAAUUUACAUCUACUUUUUACAUAAUUAUUAAUACUGUAUAUUUUAACAGAGAGCAUAUGCUAUGGCAAUGACUCAAUGAAGUGACACAUUAUUUCUGAAUUAAGUACACAGGCCUUUCUCAAAAAACCACAAACUUUAUGGUUAUUGUGGAUGCUUCUAGUUUCCUGAGCGAAACAAAAGUAGUUUCCAAUCUCGGGAGGACUGUGGAGGAACUGCAUUCCAUCCCAACUGCCUGGAGCAUUGGACUGAGCUGGGCCACAGAUUUGGAUUUGGGUACCCCAUUUGGCAGUACAUUGGGCGGCCACUAGUCUGUUUGAGCAGCCAUAAUUAUUUUAUUUGUAUAAUCCACAAUAGCACUUUUGCAUACAGAUUGUUGAGACUUGGAAUAUUCUCCUCUUGAGGAAUGUGCAUAGCUUCUGUAACCAUACUGAGAGGAUAUAAUCUUUCCAUUCAUUUACAUGUAUAUUUUAUGAGUAUUAUGAGAACUCCUGAGUGUAGAUAAAAUGUUAUAAUGAAAACCAUUGAAAUUACAGAUAGAAGGAAAACAGUAUUAUCCUUUAACUCUCUCCAGCAAGUUUGACAAAAUACACUUUGAGAAUCCAAAGAAUGUAGCUCUGUAUUAAUAUGUGCAGGAAGUGCCAAUGAUUGAAGCUGCAGUACACUUGAAUCAGCUUUAUAUGCACUGUCAGUGUAAGUAAAGCUAAAAAGGCAAAUAAACUUCAAUUAUUGUCUCAUUAGAAUUGUUCCUUUAUAAGUGAACAGAACAGAAUAACAACAGUAGGAGAGAGGGCUGAGUUAUUUUUAUAGGUCAAUCUGUUCUCUGAUCUGUAUGGCAGAUCUUGAUUCCAAUAAUCUGUUUGACAUGUAUGGAAUUCCCGAGAGCAGAGUCAGGAGCUAGGAUUCAUGAUGUGAUGGAAAGACUGCCAAGACUCAUCAAGCCCUCGGAUUGCUACCCCUUCCUGCUUCUCCAUGUGGGCACCAAUGAUACUGCCAAGGAUGA